AUGUAUGGUACCUCCCUCACUUGGCGACGGUGUGGCGACGUCGCCAAGAUGGAAGCGUGGCCACAAACUACAGCUCCCUACGUGGCGACUGGCUACUCUGGCGCCGUGGCGUCGUUGCCAUCAUAUUGUACACAUGUUAGCUGUACCUCGCUCACUCAGUCGCCAGUCAGCCGCCACUUUGGACGCUCGCUCGGAAUAGUAGUUGAUAGUUGA